AUGACAGAUCAUCCGGUUCUCCAGGAUAUUUUAGUACCACGUAACCCCGGUUCUCUGAACAUUGCCAGGGUGCAGAAUGAGUCGUGCUGCGCAAUAAAGUACGACCGUGUCCUGCGUGUACCUGUCUUAGUCAUGAAGGGUGGACUCUCGAAUGCGCGUGUGCAGGUACCUCGCGAGGACCGUCCACUUAGCUCUGUACAUCCUCCGCAUUCUCUCAUUGUCCUCCAAGCCUAUCUUGGCUCCUUUGACUCCUUCGCCGUGGAGGCGACCAUGAGCAUCAAUACGCUCCUUCGUGUGAAACUCACCAUCGGAACACAGUUCAACAAGGCCUUUGUGGAGGAUCCAUGUGACGGUGUCAUCGUCUCCGGGAUGCCUUUGAUCAUCCCUCGCAAUCGGUGGGUUCAGGUGGUGUUUCAUGUUUUAGGUAUCGUUACGCAUCUGCUUGAUUUACCACCCAUCAAGUCGAUUGAUUCGAUAGCCCUGAGCGGUACAUGUAGAGUUUCACGGCUCAUGACCUCCAACGAUGAAGGCGAGGCAAUCAAUAAUACCCCGGCUGACAUGGCACUCUUUGCGGUCCCGGCGUACGCGCCACCAAUCUGGCAGACUGCCGCAGCACUUGUAUCGCCAAUCGUUGCAAAUGGUAGCAAAGCACCUGCAGGCAACUCAGUCACGACAGAAUCACCGGGCACACGCCUGCCCGUUGUCGGGGACUUGUCGACGGAGCGGCGUCGCAUGCCUGCUCUUGUGCGACAGGACGAACCGCCAAAACCCCAGGCGCCGCCCCCGCGACUCGAACGUCCUUCACCAAGAAUAGAUUUUGCUCAGUCAAGCCAGUCUUCAUUCUCUUGCGACGGCUCUCAGGAAAAUCAGACACUGGCAACGCUGCGCAGCCCUGUUGACACGCAACAGCAACAACGGCAGACACAACAACAACAACAACAGCAACAAAAGCAGCAGCAGCAAGCGCAACCUGUAUCAGAAAACGGAUCUGCGGCAUACAUACGUUUAGUAAGCCAGACAAAUGUAGCGCCAAACCGGAACAAUACUGUUGCAAUGCGUAUGCGUUCAAAUAAUUUUGUGGCAAAGGAGAAUGCCAAUAACUCCGGGGCGCCGCCGUCAGUACCGGCUGCUGCCUCCUCUGAAGUUGGUGCACCUGGGGUCGCGGACACGUGGUGCGGCAUCACAGGCUGGGAGGAAACGAUAGACCCCGUAGGGGCAAUUAGUGUGGCCUCUCCAAAUGCGGCCGAAUGCGCUGGUAAAGUCCAGUCGGCAGCACGUCUUGGAUCUGUGGGCGAGCGGGCUGCUGCUGCUGCUGCUGUCGGGACCAACAAGUCGAACAAUGUUACGGAGCCCCUUAGCCCUAAAUCGCAACGUCUGAAAAAGUUGGUAGAAUUGCGCAAGCGUCCUGCGCUCCUUCCCAAUCGGCAGCGAAGGACAGGGAGAUUGGAAGGCCAAACAGCGACGGACGGCGACAACGGCGUUGGGGCAGCAAAUGGUCCCAAAAAAAAGUGUUUUACUGUGAAGUACCGACGCUUGCGCACAAGAAUCAAACUACUCAAAGAGGCGCAGGUAAGUGCGCGUCGCAUGCAGGAAAUGAAGAAGCUCCCUGCAUCGGAGCUGCCAAUAGAUCCACAGGAGGAGGCACUGAUGAUGGUGGGCGACGAGUCGGUGGAUGUCAUGCUGGAGCCGCGGUGCGGCNGAGCUGCCAAUAGAUCCACAGGAGGAGGCACUGAUGAUGGUGGGCGACGAGUCGGUGGAUGUCAUGCUGGAGCCGCGGUGCGGCUACGGGUUCGGCUACCUCGGCGUCCUGCGCGAGGGCGGUGGCUUUGA